UUUGACAGAUAUUAAAUAUAAUAGGCAUUCAUAUGUGUCAAGUUUCUACUUUGUCAGCACCAAAUCAGUACUUGACCAUCAUUCCAAAAUGGAAUUAGCAUGAUGGGAGAUUAAGUUGGGUAGGACAGAACAAAGCAUAUUAUGGAACUUGGUAUUGUGGUAGAUCCUGAAGACUCAAUUGAGAUGAGGUAUUUGUAAACUGAAAUGUUAAUUAAGUGUCUGUCUAGCCACGUAGAGAAGCAAAUAGGCAGCUUCUACAUGCAGUUAUAGUAAUUCUGUGUGCAAUUUGGGCAUAGGAUUUCAUGCAGCUCUUGUUUUCAGAUUGUGUGAAAAUACGGUAUUCAGUGCUUUUCUUGGCGUCAUUGUGGAUAUCCUGUCCUCUUGUAUUGUUGUGUUCAAAUAUUUUGAAAAAUUAAGAGGUGACCUGAACCUUCACCCAGAAAUGAGCCAACGUUUUUGGUCCUGAAAUUUCAAACGUUUUGUUUGCUUUGCAGUAACCAUAUGUGCACUCUCCCCAUCCAGUUAACUUAUUUUGUGCCUUUCUUUGCUUCCUGGUUUUGACUGGAGGUGAGAGGACUGAAAUAACCUGAGCAAAGCUGUCCUGUACUGGAAUUUUUGCAAGGGAGCUGGAUCUUGCAAAAUAUCUAGACAAGAGAUUCAGGAAAAGAAGCACAGUGGUAGAGUCUUUGUCUAGUCUGGUUUCUAAACAGUCAAUGGAUCAGCUGAGUGAAGAGGAAAUGCAUGCAGAAAUCUGUUAUGCUGAAUGUUUGCUACAGAAAGCAGCACUCACAUUUGUACAGGAUGAAAAUAUGAUCAACUUUAUCAAAGGUGGCCUCAAAAUUAGGACAAGUUACCAAAUAUACAAAGAAUGCCAUCAGGUGCUACAGAUGACUCAGGGCAACAAAAAUAAGAAUGAAACCUACCAUCAGUUUGAAGGAGGAGUAAAACUUGGAAUAGGAGCAUUCAAUUUGAUGCUGUCCCUUUUGCCAGGAAGGAUCCUCCGACUUCUAGAAUUUAUUGGGUUUUCUGGCAAUAGGAAAUUGGGCCUCCAUCAGCUGCAGGAAGGAGCUUCUGGUAGCAGUUUGAGGGCCAUAUUGUGUACUUUUACCCUGCUGGUAUAUCAUACUUACGUCUCUUUAAUCCUUGGUAUAGGGGAAGCCAAUCUUCAGGAAGCAGAGACUCUUCUUGAACCCUACCUCCAGAAGUUUCCAAAUGGUUCCAUCAUUUUGUUUUAUGAUGCCAGAAUAGAUAUACUGAAAGGAAAUUUUGAAAAGGCACAGUCAAAAUUCCAAGAAUGCAUUGCUGCUCAGCAAGAGUGGAAACAGAUUCAUCACCUCUGUUAUUGGGAACUGAUGUGGUGCUAUUCAUUCCAGCAGAACUGGCUUCAAGCAUAUCGAUAUGCAGACCUGCUCUGCAAAGAAAGCAGGUGGUCUAAGGCAAUAUAUGUAUUCCAGAAAGCUGCAAUUUUGUGUAUGCUUCCAGAUGAGGAUGUGAAAACAACUGGAGAAGAUAUUGUGUCUUUGUUCAGACAAGUGGAAGGUCUAAGACAAAGAAUUGCAGGAAAAUCUAUCCCAACAGAAAAGUUAGCAGUGAGGAAAGCUCGACGUUAUAAUGGUGCUCAGCCAGUGAAGCUUAUGCUACCUGCCCUGGAAAUGAUGUAUGUCUGGAAUGGAUUUGCAAUCGUAGGCAAAAGGGCUGACCUCACAGAAAGUUUACUGGUAACAAUUGAGAAAGAAGAAACUGCUUUACAGAAUCAAACUAGUCGCACUGAAUAUUUUAUAGAUGACUUGUGCUUGCUGCAGUUACUAAAAGGCCUUUGUUUGAAACAUCUAGGAAGACUCUUGCAAGCUGAGCUGUGUUUUAAUCAAGUUAUCCAAAGUGAGAAACAGAUAAAAUAUGAUAACUAUUUGGUGCCAUUCACUCUGUAUGAGUUGGGACUUCUAUACAAACAGCAGGACCAGAGAGAGAAAGCAAUAAGAUAUAUAGAAACUGCAAAAAACAACUACAAAGAAUACUCCAUGGAGUCCAGGUUACACUUCAGGAUUCAUGCAGCACUUGACAGCCUGAAAAUGACUCCAGCUUCUACGCCUUGACUUAGCCGAAGGGUGAUCUUUUUCCAUGAAUUCAAGUGUCUACGUGAUCUUGGUUGAAUGUUUUUAAAAAAUCAUGUAAAUGACAGAAUGAAAAAGAAACAACUAAUUAUUAUAUUUUCUAUCAUCUGUGAUUUGAUGUUUGUCAUCCUUUUAGGCUGUUUUUUCUUAUGGUUAAAGCUACGAUUAUAUCACGGAGGUUACGGAAGUCAUGGAAUCUGUGAAUUCUAUUGAUUUCUGCCCUGGGUUGGAGCUCCCAGCCCCUCCCCCGUGGCUCCCGAACUGGUCAGGGCACCCUGCAGCUGCCCAGGCCCAGCGGGGGACCCUCCCGAAGCUGCCCAGCCAUGGCAGUGAGUGGCAGGGGGAUUCCCUGCUGCUGCCCAACUGCAGUGGAUAGGCGGUGGACCCUGCAGCUGUCCAACCUUGGUGGGUGGCAUGGGACCCCUCCAAAGCUGCCCAGCCACAUCUGGCUGUGGGGAUUCCCCUCAGCUACCCAGCCAUGGCAAGUGGCUGGGGACCCUGCAUCUCCCAGCUAUGAUGAGCGACAGGAGACCCAGUGGUGAGGGGACCCCGUGGCUCCCACUCCCCACAGCAGCAGGGGAUCCCAGAGCUCCCACUGACUGCAGCAGUGGGGGAUCUGGGAGCCCCAGCAGGGGUGCUUACUGAACCCACCUACUGCUUUUGUCAGGGAUAUUUUUAGUGAAAAUCAGGGACAGGUCACGGACUUCCAUGAA